UUUUUUUUUUUAAAAAAAAUAAAAUUUUUUUAUUUUUCUUUUACAAUUUUUGAAUUAGAACAUACAUAAAGAUCAUGGAAAGAAACAAUAAUAAUGUCAACUUGAAUCAGUCACAAUACCCAUAUGAUCAGUACUCAUCUUACUAUUACUCUCAAUAUUACCAACAGCCUCCUUCUCAAUUACAGGUUCCUCAGGGAGAUCCAGCUGCAGCUUUAUCUACUAUGAUGUAUCAAUAUCAGCAACCCUAUCAGCAACAAUUAUAUCAGCAACAACAACAGCAGCAACAACAACAACAACAACAAUACCAUCAGCAAUCACAAUAUCAGCAAGCUUAUCAGCAACAGCCUCAAUAUCAACACCCUAUAUCUAAUACAAAUUCAAUUUAUGAGCAACAACAAGCACAGCAAUUAUCAUCAAUGGGAUACUAUGCAAACUAUCAUUCAGCCUAUGGUCAACGAUCCAUUGUUAAUUAUAAUGAUCUAACUUUAGCAUCAACAAAUUCUAAUGCUAAAAAAAACGUUAAAACUAUUGUAAAUACUAAUAAAAGUGAAUCAAAAAAUACAAAUCAAGCACAAACUCCUCUUAGCAGGCCCAAGUAUUGCUGCUAUCGCUGGCUAAAAAGUAUACAAGCUGUAAUGCAGCAUGAAAAACUUCAUAUUAAAUGCCCAGAUUGUGAUUUUAUGUGUUUGCCAUCCGUCUUGGAAGAACAUGCAGAAGUUUAUCAUGGAAAAGAAAGAAAAACACCAAAAAAGCCUUCACGGCCAGAUGGUAUAGUGCCACCAUAUGCGCCUAGAAUUGAAACGCCUGAAGAGUUAGAGGCAUGGAUUGCAGCUAGAAAGAAAAAUUGGCCUAGUCAAGCAAAUGUCGAAAGAAAGGCAAAGGAGGAAGCAGAAAAAAGAGCCAGAGGAGAAUUAGUAGCAAAAGGAAAUAAACGUAGAUCAAGUCAUGAUCAUAGUAAUCAGGAAAAGAAGCAAAAAGUGGAGGGAUCUACAUUAGUAGGACAGUAUACAUCAGAUUCGGAUUCAGAUGAUUUAAUAGAUCCUGAAAAAGAUGCUGUUACCUCAAAGGAUCCCUCUGUUAUGGGCAAAAUUUCACUACCUGAGAACAGACCUAAGCCAAGAUGUAAAUAUUUCAUGAUGGGUAAAUGUAAAAGAGGCGAUGAAUGUACAUUUUCGCAUGAAAAGCCAGAUCCAAAGCUAAAACAACAAUCCAAACAAUCGAGAACUACACAUUUUAGUAAAAAAAGACCCAAUUUAUUAUACAAGGUAAAGGAAAAAAAAAAGUCAAAGGAUUUAAUUUGUAUUAACGAUUAAAAAUCCCCCUCCCCAAUAGCUACUAGAAAAGGAGAUCAUGCAAGAAAAAAAUGUUAUUUUGCAAUGUCUUAGAUAUAUCGUCGAUAAUCAUUUCUUUGAAGAAAAAGAAAAACAGCCUAAGGAAGAAGUAUAUAAGUCUUCUAACGGAGAAGAAAUAAGUAAUGAUGUGCAAUCUAAUGAACAAAUAGAUACUACGCCUUCAGCUUCUAAUGUGGAAUCUAAUGAACAAGUAGAUGCUACGCCUUCAGCUUCUAAUACGGACUCAAUUACAACAAUAGUCUCUAAUGAUUCUAGUUUAAUUACAGAAGUACCUACUUAGGUGUAUUUUAAACAUAAAUAUAUAAAAUACCAACAAUUCUAAUGUAAAAAAAAAAAAAAGGAAAAAAAA